GGAAAAAGGACAAGUUUAGUUCUGUUGUUCUUGCUUCUCUCACUUUCUUUCCUUCAAUUUCCUCUUCGACCAAACCCUUUAAAGAUUUUUAUUAAUGGAAAAAAAAUUGGAAGAAGAAGCUUUGAAGCAACAUAGUUUCUGUGCUUCUCGAUAGAUUGCGCCGGAUUCUGCUAAAUUCGUGGAAAAGGCUGCAAACUAUUUUCAACCUCCCAAAAAACUAGCAAACGCCAAUGACACUUGUCUUUCAGAAUUAAAAGUGUAAAGCUUCUAAGCAUGGAAGUCAUCUCAUACAAUUCCCCUUCAUGCUUUAAUCUAAAGCGGAGAUUAUUAGUGAAGAAAAGCACGAGUAGAGAACAGCAAGUAAAGAUCCCUUUGUGUAGAAAGCGCAGAAUUUUGUGUUCUAGGGUUCAUGACCCAACUGGGUCACUGGGGUUAUCUAAUAAAGAUCGUCCUUUAUUGAAUAAUUGCUGCUAUGGGAAAGGUUCAAGUUCAUUCAAGUCUCUUGAAGGGUUUAACAAUGUUGAGUCAAAGGUCCUGAGCUGGAAUUAUGAUGGUUAUGUGAUUGGUAAUGAAGACGAGGUUGUAAGGAUCUCAGAAACUGGUGAAUCAGUAACCAAGGUUUUAAUUCCAGGGUUGCCCGAUGAGUACAAUGGUGAAUGUGGUGCUCCAAUAAGCAGUCGUUUCUGGGAGUGGAAACCUAAAUUAAAUGUGCAUUACGAGAAAUCAGGUUGUGAAAAUUUGAAUUCUCCGCCACUACUCUUUCUUCCUGGUUUUGGUGUUGGUUCUUUUCAUUAUGAAAAGCAACUGAAGGAUUUGGGUCGUGAUUAUAGGGUAUGGGCAAUUGACUUUCUUGGGCAAGGCAUGUCAUUGCCUAUUGAAGAUCCUACUUCCCCUUCUAAGGAGGAUGGUAUCUCAGAAGGGAAGGAUUUUGUGUGGGGAUUUGGGGAUAAAACAGAACCAUGGGCAAGUGAUUUGGUUUACUCUAUGGAUUUAUGGCGGGAUCAAGUUCGCUAUUUUGUAGAAGAGGUCAUUGGUGAACCAGUUUACAUUGUAGGGAACUCACUAGGAGGAUUUGUUGCUCUAUACUUUGCAGCAUGCAAUCCUCAGUUAGUGAAGGGUGUUACACUUCUUAAUGCAACUCCUUUUUGGGGAUUUCUACCUAAUCCAAUAAAAUCUCCAAGAUUAGCAAGGAUAUUUUCAUGGUCUGGAACAUUUCCUCUACCAGAAAGUGUUAGAAAGCUGACAGAAUUUGUUUGGCAAAAGAUAAGUGAUCCUGAAAAUAUUGCGGAUGUACUUCGACAGGUUUAUGCAGAUCAUUCUAUAAAUGUUGACAAAGUCUUUUCUCAUAUUCUUGAGACAACACAGCAUCCUGCUGCUGCUGCAUCAUUUGCUUCAAUUAUGUUUGCCCCUCAAGGAGAGCUUUCCUUCAGGGAGGCUUUAUCAAGGUGUCACAUGAACAAUGUGCCAAUCUGUCUCAUGUAUGGAAAAGAAGACCCCUGGGUGAAGCCUGUCUGGGGUCUUCAGGUGAAAAAGCAAGUUCCUGAAGCUCCAUACUAUGAGAUCAGCCCUGCUGGUCACUGCCCUCAUGAUGAAGUUCCUGAGGUGGUGAAUUAUUUGCUACGAGGAUGGAUCAAGAACCUGGAAACCAAGGGUGCAGUUGCAUUACCCUUACUCGAUGAUAUGGAAACGGAAAGCAUUCAGAAUAGCAUCACCAGGGACUUGGAAUUUGUGAGAGAAGGAUCCAACAAAUCAGUGAUAGUGCGAUUUUUUGGAUCCAGGUUCUCACUAUGGAACCGGAUAGAAUCUUACUUCAAAUCUCGCUUUGGCAAGUUAGAAACCAAAUCGCGAUAGUGGACUAUAUUUUUCUUUCAUCGAUGAGAUAAUUUAAACUUUCAAUACAUUCUCACAUAGUUUAAUGUACGUUUAAUUAUUUGAUAUAUGAUGAGUAGAAAAUGAAUUACAGGCAUAUCAAUCAAGGUCCUGAAUACUGAUAUUGAUUUCUAAUUCUUCAUGUUGUUUAUGUUCUAAUCAACCACAGGCACAAAACAGAAUUUUAACCUGCUGUAACGUAAAAAAAAGGCAAAGUUUGACCAAUGAUGAGCACCCAAAUCUGUUGCAUGUAUUUGUAUUGCAAACAGCUCUGAAUAAGAUUAAGGUUCGUUGGAUUGCAGUCACUUUGAAAUCGAGUAGCAAUUGAACGCUUCCUAAUUUAAUAUCGGUCAUUGCCCGUAACUGUCAUCAUAUAUUUAUGUUGCUAAUGCUUUGUAAAAUGUUGUACAACUGAUUAGAGCUGAUUGUUACUGGUACAAAAUCAUUGAUUAUGUAAUAGUAAUUAUUAUAAAUGCGAUGAUAUGUAAUAGUGCA